UUAUAUUCAUCUUUUAAACUGGGAAGAUAUAUAUUUUAUUUUAAAACUUCUUGAUAUUUACAAUGAAUGGACACAGUGAUGAAGAAAGUGUUAGAAACAGUAGUGGAGAAUCAAGCCAAUGAGAAACAUCACAGCUCAACCAACGAAACACGUCGCAGCUCAACCAUCGAGAAACGCUGCAGCUCAGCCACCGAGAAACGCCGCAGCUCAGCCACCGAGAAACGCCGCAGCUCAGCCAACCAGAAACGUGGCAGCUCAGCCAUCGAGAAACGCUGCAGCUCAGCCAUCGAGAAACGCCGCAGCUCAGCCAGUGAGAAGCCUUUACUGCCUUGACCUUUACUUUCUCCCAAUGGAUUUUCCUUUAGAACAGCCCCUCCUUACUCCUGCUCUUCUCUAUAAAAGCAGCUCCCCUCCUUUCUUUUCUGGAUUUGCCUGUGGUUUGCCAUAGCAUGUAUAUCCUGAAU